CUGCUUUCCAGGCCAUGCUUUCUGAUGGAUGGACUGUGCGCCUUGGGAUUCUGCUUAUGCUCCAAGGAAUGACGAGUGGGGAGAAGAUAACAGAGACUGGAUCCUGCCAGCCACAGCCUUCCUGCCAUGAGUGCAUUCAGUCCCACCCUAGUUGUGCCUGGUGCAAGCAGCCGGAUUUCGUACAAGCAGGAGAGUCUGACGCAGAGCGUUGUGCCCCUCAGCCAGAGUUGGAGUAUCGUGGCUGCCUUGCCAGUGAGAUCAUAGAUCCCCAAGGCAAGCAGCAUAUUUUGGAGGACAGGCCUCUGAAAGAUAACAUCUACCACGAAAACAUCACACAACUGUCACCCCAAAGAAUAGUUCUUCAGCUUCGGCCUGGCUAUGUUGGCCGGCGUUGUGAUUGCAGGAAAGAUGAAUUACUUGGUUCAGAAGCUCUAACCCUAGCAAGUGGGUCCUUCUGCAGUUGUGACAAUGUUGCCUGUGAACGACAUAAUGGGCAACUCUGUGCAGGUAACGGGCAGUGCAGGUGUGGUCAUUGCCAAUGCCAGGCCAAUUACACUGGCAAUGCAUGUGAGUGCAGCCUGGAUACCAGUGGAUGCACCCAAGAGGGCAAGAUCUGCAAUGGGCAUGGCCACUGCGUCUGCAACCGAUGUCAGUGUGACGUUGGGUGGUUGGGCAGCCACUGUGUUGACCACCAGAUGCCCUGUGAGGUGCACAGGGAUUGUGCGGAGUGCAAGGCUUUUGGAACUGGACCACUAAGUCAGAACUGUAGCAAUUCCUGCAGCCAAACGGUGAGAAUGUUGGUGGCACCCGUGGAUGAGAGAUGGUGCCAGAUGAAGAGAGGAGAUGGACACCUCCUCAUUUAUCUCAUUGAGGAGGACAAGACAGGCAGCAUCCUCCUUACGGUGAAUGACCCAAAGGUGCCGGAUUCUACCAGGCAGCUGAAUCUUAUGCCAGUGUUAAGGAGUGCGGGGAUUGUGGUGAUCAUAGGGCUGGCUCCCAUUGUCCUGCUCCGAGUCAUUGUGGAGAUCUGUGACCGGUGGAAUUUCAGACACCUUGAAAGAGAACGAAGAAAUGCUCUGUGAUCUCAGUCAUCAACCCCCAGUACAAUGGUUAUGAAAACAUUGCAAACACAACUUGACAACACUGUGCCAGCAGCUGAAGAUGAUGUAUGAAUUUGAAGGAGAGACACCUGCAUGAGAAUUUUCUAGAGCAAGUCCUAGAUGUAAUUCGACCUACAUCACCAGCUAAUCUCAAGUGGGUUUGAAACAAUGAACCAACAUGGGCAGCAAAAUCUCAAAGUGGUCAACCAAUAAAACCUUUAUUGUACUGUGCUUUUACUUAACAUCAUGUGUUUUGUGCUUGGAAAAACGUAGCAUGUCCAACAGGGCCCUGAAAUGCUGCAGCUGUUUUUCAACAUUAUGCAUAAAAUUUAUGUUCACCUUGAGCAAAACCUCACAUCUCUUGUAUAUGCCUCACUUUCUGAUAAACCUCUAAAUGGUUCAUCCAUACUGAUUGUACUGUACUGGGUGCCACUAACCCCAGUACUGUUAAUAAGGGUCAUUCCUCACUUGCAUCUACCCAUGACACAAACUUGUCCUGGAAAGAUCUUUCUGAUGGGUUCUGUGGUGUGGCUUUAAUUUCACCUCUAGCCCAUAGAUAAAAUAUUUUUAAAGUUGUUCUUGGCCCUAUUGGUGGUAACAACAGCCACAAAACACAGCUACAUUGAGAUGAAGCCAUAGGGAUAGGCAUAGUCACAGAGAGCUUGUUUGGUGUAGUGGUGAAGGUGUUGGCCUAGAAACCAGGAGACUCUGAGUUCUAGCCCUGCCUUAGGCAUGAAAACCAGCUGGAUGACUUUGGAGCAGUCACUCCCUUUCAGCUCAACCUACCUCAGAGAGUUGGUGUUAUGAGGAACAUAGGGAGAAGUAUUAGCUAUGUUCACCACCUAUAAAUAAAAGGCAGGGGAAAAAUAUCUAAUAAAAAAGUAAAUAAAACAGGAAUCUUUUCAAGCUUUGGGCUCACAAUCAAUCUUGUCCUCCACCCAUUCUGUUGUUGUAUCCCUAAAGGAUGGACACAAUAGCCAGUCCCUUCAGAUUCACACAGCCCUGUCAAAGCUGCAUCUUUUAGCAUUGGGUUUCUCCUUGUAUUCUUCUGGCAAUCCAAUUUCACACUGGACUAAUUUAGUGAUGCCUUAAUGGCAGACAGACAGCAGUAAUUCAGCCAAAGUGAAAUGGUCUAACAGGAGCAGACACCCCUUCCUUCCAAUGAAGUUAGGUGGUUUAAAGUCUCUGUACUUCACCAAUAUGCCCAAGGUUGGAAAUUGUAUAUUUCUGGAACCAUUAACCUGGAAGUUUAGGAACCAGACAUUUAACUUCCAGCAUAACCACUGAUCUGGGCAUAGUCAACAUAAAACAUACCUCUUCCCCACAGUAUACCUACAGCGAUAUUCUGAGCAGCUAUCAUUGCAAGCUGCUAUACAUACGGUAACAUGAACCUGAUAAGUGUAUUUUUUCUUCUUCUUUUAUUAGGAAGGCAUAUUCUCCUAGAUUUAAAAUUGAAAGCCCAGACAGCUAUUGACAGAGCUAUGGUCAGUAUGGACUAGCAACUUAAUUAUCUUUUAGAGUCAGCCCUACCACUCUGGCUAUAACCUAGUCCACCACUGGAAUGCAACUCCAGAAAACUAAAAGAUCAUUCGAAUCUGGUCAAGACAGUAUUGUGCCAUCUUCUCUGUGCCUGUGUUCCACUGCAGAGCCUUCAUGGAAGUACGUGGCAGAAUAAAACAAAUUGGUCAAAGAAGAUGCAACACCCAAGCUAAUGGUGUGGAGAAGCAGUGAAGCUAAGGUUUGGGAGGGAAAGCAAGCUGAGUUUAUUCCAAUUAUUGAAAUAGAACGCAGACACACAAAAAGGAAAAGACGCCACACUGUAAUGGUAAAAAGAUACAAGUUUAUAGCAUCUUAUAAAAACUACAAUUUAAAAGUGAUCCUGUCCUUGGGUAACACACCCCUGCCCCUAUUCCCUUCCCUGCAAAAUCAGUGAGUUAAAGGGAAGGAAAAUAAAUUAUCUUAGAAAAAGCUAUCGGACCUUCACAUUAAGUCCAGAGGCUAUCUGGUCAGGCUGAAGUGCUAGAUUGUUUUCCUUUCAGGAGGCCUAUGUAAAAGCCAAAUAUGAACUGCAAGAAAAGAUCCUUUACAUUUUCUUCCUAUUUGAACAAACUCCUAAAUUAAGACCACCAGCAGCACAUCGGAAAGCACCUUAAGGCACCUGAUCCAUGUGACAAGUACGAUUUGUCCUUCUGCUACCAGCACCCAGGAAAAAGAAUGGGAAUAGCAACAGCUCCCAAUGGCAUCCAUUGUCAAAAUGGGAUUUCUCACUUCCAUGGAGGAAAGGAAGUAAGAUGGAGGACACGGGGAAAUAAAGCUCCUUCAAAAAUGUGCCCCUGGCUGCACUUUAGGGCAACCCAAAUACAGGCAUUCCUCAGGGUACACAGAUUCCAGUCCACCUGACUUUCACACAGGUUGGCUUGCAUACACUACCAUGUUGUAUGCACACAAGACAGUAUC